GUUGAUUAACCCCUCAAGGCGACCCUUACUCUUCUCAUCAUCAUCGUUCCCCUUUCUCCCUCGUCAUGGGCAAACGCACAUACUCAGCCCUGUCCCAGCCAAGGCUCUCUAUGAGCGAGCUGGUCUGCAAGACCCUUGAUCAUGAAGUAACAGAUAUGCUCAUCGACAAAUGGCUUGAACACAGGAACGACGCAUACUGGGAUUGGUUUCAGGCAGUCCGUGAAAGAAAGCACGCUGCAAACGCUCUGAGACGUCAGAUUGUCGUCUGGAAUAAGGGCGAGUUCGUUCCAGAGAAUGUCUUUUGCCGCACAGUCGAUACAGGGCGCCUCAUACCCCUCGAUCGGACGUGGACCACCCACGUUUACCAUCACAAGUCAAUGCAGGAUAGAAAGCUCUCCAUGAUGCCCGUCGUUUUCACUAUGCUCCCUGAACUGAUGCUACUAAGAGGCAUGCACGAUCACGGUUGCGACGACAUCUACAUCAUCGUCACCGACAUGAAACGACAAGAGAUGGACGAUGUCACGGAGUACUUCAAGCUCGUAUGUCAACAGACAAUAGGACGGACGUGCAAACCGAGCAUGGAAAGGAAGAUCCAGUAUGAGCACAUGCGAUUGAGUCACACCCUCCUCAAACAACGCCGAACGCCAUGCUUCCCCCAAAUUGAUAUCGCCUUCCGAUCGAUCCUCUAUGAGAAAAAGCCGCCGUUUAUAAUCCUCUUCUCCCACCAGACAACGUCCUACUCUCAGAUCCUCUUUACCCACCCCCUCUUCGUGCCAUGCGAAGAUAUAUUCUUUGAUUUCCCGAGUGGUUGCCCAAACCCAUGUUGCAACGACGACUGCGAGAUGAUCCGAUUCCCAAGGCGAGGUGUAGAGGGUGCCGCUAUACUUUCGUUAAAGCGGGGUCGGGGCUGGGGGAAGAAGGUCAAAGCGAAGGAGAUGUGCAAUUGGAUCGACUGUGACGUCUGCUUCAGUGAAGAGAUUGCCCAUUCCAAUUCGAGCUCAGAGGGUUCCCAGACCAGCGGAGAAAGCGUGGAUACCUCCCUUUCGGGCAGCAACGGUCUCGUCUGUAGCAAGUGCAGGCUGGUGAAAUACUGUUGCGCAGACCACCAAAGGAAGGACUGGGAAGAACAUCGCCGAGUUUGUGCAAAACCAGCGGUCACCUCAGUUCAGGAGUCUACUGUAUGAGAUGGGGUUUGAUCAUGUCCGCUUCGAGUCUGCUUCGAGGUUGUAUUAUGUACCGUAUCUUCUUGGGAGUCUUUGUUUGUAACGUUAUUGUACGCAUACCCGUACGUACAUGCAUGCAUAAUUCC